GAGCAACAGUUCCCAUGAGCUCCACCGUGGCUGCAGCUGCGCCUGCAGCUGGGGCUGCCUCCAGGAAGGAGUCUCCAGGCAGGUGGGGCCUGGGGGAGGAUCCAACAGGCGUGAGCCCCUCGCUCCAGUGCCGCGUGUGCGGAGACAGCAGCAGCGGGAAGCACUACGGCAUCUAUGCCUGCAACGGCUGCAGUGGCUUCUUCAAAAGGAGCGUGCGGCGGAGGCUCAUCUACAGGUGCCAGGUGGGGGCAGGGAUGUGCCCCGUGGACAAGGCCCAUCGCAACCAGUGCCAGGCCUGCCGGCUGAAGAAGUGCCUGCAGGCGGGCAUGAACCAGGACGCCGUGCAGAACGAGCGCCAGCCCCGCAGCACAGCCCAGGUCCGCCUGGACAGCAUGGAGUCCAACACUGAGCCCCGGCAGGAGCCCCUGGUGGCUCCCCCGACCCCGGCAGGGCCCAGCCCACGGGGCCCCACGCCCAUGUCUGCAGCCAGAGCCCUGGGCCACCACUUCAUGGCCAGCCUUAUAACAGCCGAGACCUGUGCUAAGCUGGAGCCAGAGGAUGCUGAUGAGAAUAUUGAUGUCACCAGCAAUGACCCCGAGUUCCCCUCCUCUCCAUACUCCUCUUCCUCCCCUUGCGGUCUGGACAGCAUCCAUGAAACCUCAGCUCGCCUGCUCUUCAUGGCCGUCAAGUGGGCCAAGAACCUGCCUGUGUUCUCCAGCCUGCCCUUCCGGGAUCAGGUGAUCCUGCUGGAAGAGGCGUGGAGUGAACUUUUCCUCCUCGGGGCCAUCCAGUGGUCUCUGCCUCUGGACAGCUGUCCUCUGCUGGCACCGCCUGAGGCCUCUGCUGCUGGUGGUGCCCAGGGCCGGCUCACACUGGCCAGCAUGGAGACUCGUGUCCUGCGGGAAACUAUCUCUCGGUUCCGGGCGUUGGCGGUGGACCCCACGGAGUUCGCCUGCAUGAAGGCCCUGGUCCUCUUCAAGCCAGAGACACGGGGCCUGAAGGAUCCUGAGCAUGUAGAGGCCUUGCAGGACCAGUCCCAAGUGAUGCUGAGCCAGCACAGCAAGGCCCACCACCCCAGCCAGCCCGUGAGGUUUGGGAAAUUGCUCCUGCUCCUCCCGUCUUUGAGGUUUAUCACUGCGGAACGCAUCGAGCUCCUCUUUUUCCGCAAGACCAUAGGGAAUACUCCAAUGGAGAAGCUCCUUUGUGAUAUGUUCAAAAACUAG